GUCCUCGGCGUGAACGCGCGUGGUACCCAACGCUCGUGAAGAGGAGGAGGAUGUGGCGCGCGGAGGGGAAAUGGCUGCCGAAAACAAGCCGGAAGGACUGAAGAAAAUCCGUAAUCCGGAUCGAAUGUACAGAUCAGCAGUGUGUUAUUCAGCCCAUGCUCCUCCUAAGAGUGUCGGUGAUGACACAGAGACGAACACUGAACAUGGACAUUUGAAAAUAUACCUGCCCAAAAAGCUGCUCGAAUGUCUACCAAAAUGCUCCACGUUGCCAAAAGAAAGACACAGGUGGAACACCAAUGAGGAAAUUGCAGCAUACUUGAUAACAUUUGAAAAGCAUGAAGAAUGGUUGACAACAUCCCCUAAAACAAGGCCACAGAAUGGGUCGAUGAUCCUGUACAAUAGGAAGAAGGUGAAGUACAGAAAGGACGGCUACUGCUGGAAAAAAAGGAAAGAUGGGAAGACCACGCGGGAGGAUCACAUGAAGCUCAAAGUACAGGGAGUGGAGUGUCUGUAUGGCUGUUAUGUCCACUCCUCCAUUAUCCCCACCUUCCACCGCAGGUGCUACUGGCUUUUACAGAACCCAGACAUUGUGCUGGUCCACUACCUGAACGUGCCAGCCAUCGAGGAUUGUGGGAAGCCAUGUGGGCCCAUUCUGUGCUCCAUCAACACAGACAAGAAGGAGUGGGCCAAGUGGACAAAGGAGGAGCUCAUUGGCCAGCUGAAACCCAUGUUUCAUGGCAUCAAGUGGACUUGCAGCAAUGGGAACAGCAGCUCUGGCUUCUCUGUGGAGCAGCUGGUGCAGCAGAUACUGGACAGCCACCAGACCAAGCCUCCUCCCCGGACUCACAACUGCCUCUGCACGGGCACACUGGGCGCCGGGAGCAGUGUGCAUCAUAAAUGUAACAGCGCCAAGCACCGCAUCAUCUCUCCAAAAGUGGACCCUCGCUCAGGUGGCUACAGCAGCGGUCACUCUGAGCUCCAGAAUAAUGAUGUCUCGGAGGGUAAAACAGAACACAGCCACAGCAGCAAGAAUAAUGCAGGUACAGGAGGAGGGAGUGUACGUGAGAAACGCAACGGCAAAGUCCACAAACCUGUACUGCUACAUCAGAACAGCACUGAGGUCUCAUCUACCAAUCAGGUGGAAGUGCCAGAUACUACACAGAACUCUCCUGUGUCCAUCAACAGUGGGCUAAACUCUGAUCCUGACAUGGCUGACAGCCCAGCAGUCACAGGCAUGGGCCAUGUGGCCUCCGUCAUGGGCAGCCUAUCCCAGAGUGUCUUCAUGUCUGAGGUGACUGGGGACCCCGUCUACAGCAUGUCCCCCUCUGGAGGUCCCAAUGCUCAUAUCAUGGGCCAUGAUGCCACCUCCCACAGCCUGGUUUUAGCUGUCACCUCUGACAGCCACAAGUUUGCCUUUCCUGGUAGUGGAACGGCAGAUGCCGGUGGUCCUGGAGCAGAUGGGCUGUCCAUGCUGUCUGCAUCCGGUGUCUCUGAGGAACUUGUUCUCUCCAGUAGCCUAGACUCAGGUAGCAUUAAAAUCCCCGAAACCACUAUGAACUUUGAUCCUGACUGCUUUCUAAAUAACCCGAAGCAGGGCCAGACAUAUGGGGGAAGUGGAUUAAAACGGGAGAAUGGUUCAUCUGGUGCCUCAUCCUCCUCAAUAGCUAGCACUAAUGGUUUGCAACGCUCGCCAUCUAUAUCCGAUUCAAACUAUGGCUUCAGUUCUGCACUGGUGAAAAACAUCAAGACAGAGGACACUUCCUUCGAACAACAGCUGGCCAAAGAAGGGAGCUACCAGGUGGGGGCAGUAGUGAGUUGUAGUGUUUCCAGUGGUUCAGGCAGCCAGAACUCACUAACCUUGACCCCAGCUGCCUCUCUGCUGCCUUCUGGAGGAGGCCUGAGUCCCAGCACCACACUAGAGCAGAUGGAUUUUAGUGCCAUCGAUGCAAAGCAGGACUACUCCUCCAGUGCCACAGCAGUAGGUUAUGGCCAGGCAAUGAACAACUUGGCUCACCAGAACCAAUCUACAGGCUUCUUUCUUCAUGAUGCACCACAGCCACCCCAGACCCAGCAGGCUAGGCAGAGCUCUGGCCAGAAGACCCACCUACUAGAACAUAACUCCCCUGAUGGGGCAUACAUGGGUCUGCAGGUUGUGAAAACAGAAUCGCCUAGCAGUAAUGGCCACCUGCAACACCAUCACACACACCAUGGCCAGCACAGAGCUGACUGCAAUGGGGGCUCACCCACAGAAGGACAGGGGCAGACUGGCCCCCUUCAGCUCCUGCAGUACCAGGGGAGUUAUCCAAGUCUUGGUCCAGAGCAUGAGGAGGUGGUUGGCAUGAAUCAGAGCCACAAUGUAGGGUCUGUUCAGACUGGGGCCACAGUGAAUGGAACAGAUGGUUUGCUGAAGUCUGGUGAUCACCUACAGGCAUGCGGAGGGGGAAAUGGAGAGAGUGGAGAAACUGAUCACUUCAUACAGCAGGGCUCUGAGAAUGGAGUAGGGCCUGAGGCAGUGGCUUUGAGGAAUGGAAAUGGCACGAGCGGACCCAACAAUGCCUCUCAACAGCAACUCCAGCCACUGCUUCAAGGAGCUCAUUUGGUUCAGGGGCUCUACAACACUGUGGGGGCUCACCAUGGGCUUAGUGGAGGAGCCAACAGUGCAGGAGGCACAGGCAUGGAAAUCAGCUUGGAUCACUUUGACAUCUCUUUUGGAAAUCAGUUUUCUGACCUAAUCAAUGACUUCAUCUCAGUGGACAGUGGGGCAACUGCUGUAGGGGCAGCAGGCACAUUGUACACCCAUCAGUUGGUGGCUCCAACUGGGUCAGAUGUAACAGCCACCUCGGGUGGAAACCAACAGCAAGGUCAAGAGGAUGUAACCAAUAGGGCAGCAGGAUACAGCCCCUCAGAGCUCUGCCUCCAGUCUUGCUGUAGCCCCCAAUCUUUAGGUGGAGGUGUGGGUGGUGGGGGAGGAGCAGGAGAGACAGGCCCGCUGGCCUACAUGCAUGUUGCUGAAGUAGUGUCAGCAGCAGUGGCCCAGGGCACUCUGGGAAUGUUGCAGGCCACUGGGCGCCUUUUCAUGGUCACUGACUACUCUCCAGAAUGGUCCUAUCCUGAGGGUGGAGUGAAGGUGUUAAUCACAGGACCAUGGCAGGAGGACAGCAGUAGCUAUGCUUGCCUGUUUAAUCAGAUCUCUGUCCCGGCCUCCCUCAUCCAGCCUGGAGUAUUACGUUGCUACUGUCCUGCACAUGACACAGGCUUGGUGACUCUGCAGGUGGCAGUAAGCAGUCAGAUCAUCUCUAACUCAGUGGUGUUUGAGUAUAAAGCCCGUGCACUGCCAUCUCUGCCUUCAUCCCAGCACGACUGGCUGUCUCUUGACGAUAACCAAUUCAGAAUGUCCAUCCUGGAACGGCUGGAACAGAUGGAGCACAGGAUGGCUGAGAUGGCCGGUCAGCAGCAGCAGAGCAGCGGAGGAACAGCAGGGGCUGGAGGGGGAGGAGGAGGCAAUGGAGGCUCUGAUAGCCAGUCUCAGUGUGUCUCGGGACAGGCAGGAAGCUCCUUUGAGAGUCGUGUUGUAGUUGUUUGUGAAAAGAUAAUGAACCGGGCCUGCUGGGCCAAGUCUAAACACCUGAUUCACUCCAAAACCUUCAGGGGCAUGACCCUGCUUCACCUUGCUGCAGGCCAGGGCUAUGCCACCCUCAUCCAGACUCUCAUCAAAUGGCGCACAAAGCAUGCAGACAGCAUUGAUCUGGAGCUUGAGGUGGAUCCUCUCAACGUGGAUCACUUUUCUUGUACUCCACUGAUGUGGGCUUGUGCUUUGGGUCACCUAGAGGCAGCAAUAGUCUUGUAUAAAUGGGACCGGAGAGCACUGGCCAUUCCAGACUCCUUGGGCCGCCUGCCUCUUUCCAUCGCCCGCUCCCGUGGCCACACCAAGCUUGCGGAGUGCCUGGAGCAGCUCCAGAGGGAGGAGCAGCAGCAGACUCCUUCCUCCCUCCCCCCAACCUCCAGCAUGUCUUUCUCUCCUAACCCUGACAUCCCCACCUCCAAUAGCUGGAUGGUCAACUGGAGCAGUGACAGUAUGGUGGCUCCCAACAGGCAGAGCACUGGUACAGCCACCACCACAACAACCUCUUGCACCAACCAGAACCCUGAUUUGAGAAGGCCAAGAUCAGAGCCUUCCAACUAUUACAGUAACGAGUGCCAGCGGGAUCUUCCUCUUGCCAAGAAACACAAGCCCAACCCUGAGUUUGCGCAUGCACAGCUGGAUAAACCAAUGUCAGUUCCCUUGAGCAUGGAGCAGCAGAAACAAAAUCUGUCAACCAGCCCUAAGACCCUCCCCUCCAACCCAACCAGCCCUGAAAAGAAUGUCUCUAAGGAGGGUUUGGGGACAGGGGGGAUCCCACCAGCUAAGACGGGGUCUUUCCGUGGAGGGCAUAAGUGGAGCUCUAGAGAGGUUCUCAGGAAGGGCAGUGGCAGUGGUGGCAGCAGCAUUGGGAAGGAGAAACUGGCCAGCCGCCUCAGACAGCGUGGGGAACCCCUGAGCAUGUUAGGAAUGGGGGGGAGGGAGAUGGUAAACACAGAAAUGCUCUCCUACAAGGAUGAUCUGGAGAACCAGGACUGCCUCUCACACAUGGAGGAUCUGCAGGCAAAUAUGAUGAGCUUGGCGGAGCACAUCAUCGAGGCCACUCCGGAGCGUAUCAAGCAAGAACAUUUUCCACUGGUGGAGUCUGCUCCUCUGGACAACAGUGGGCUCACCAACACCAUGAGCUGGCUGGCCAGUUACCUGGGGGACGUGGAACACCUGCCCAGCAUCAUCCACUUGAGUCCCAUUUACAGUGAAACCCUGACCCCUUCCUCCAACCCUAGUCUGAGCCUGGGCAACUCCUCCAUGCGUGAGGGCCUGUUUGAGAAGCCGAAAUUGCCUGCCCCCGCCGAGUGGAGUGAGUUUCUCCAAACCUCCAACAGCAAGGUGGAGAGAGAACUAGCCCAGCUCACCCUGUCUGACCCCGAGCAGAGGGAACUCUACGAGGCUGCACGGCUGGUGCAGACUGCUUUCCGCAAGUACAAGGGACGCCCGCUGCACGAGCAACAGGAAGUUGCCACAGCUGUAAUUCAACGCUGUUACAGGAAGUACAAGCAGCUAACAUGGAUAGCCUUGAAGUAUGCACUUUAUAAGAAGAUGACGCAGGCCGCCAUCCUUAUCCAGAGUAAGUUCCGCAGUUACCACGAGCAGAAGAAGUUCCAGCAGAGUCGGCGGGCGGCCAUGCUAAUCCAACAAUGCUACCGCAGCUACAGAGAGUUUGGUCGGCUGAGGCCUCACCACCGAGUGGCUACUGCUGCCUUGGUCCAGCACAAACUCAGAAGCAGUCUGCUCACCAAGAGGCAGGAUCAGGCCGCCCGCAAGAUCAUGAGGUUUCUCCGUCGCUGCCGCCACAGCCCCUUGAUGGAUAAUAGACUAUUCAAGCGGAGUGAGAGAAUUGAGAAAGGCCAGGGAACAUGAGAGCGUUCAGAAGAGCCCCCUCACAAUGUGACAUUACUCUCCAGACUCUUCUUUUCAAUUUUUCUGUUUCAACCUGAGACGUUUUAAAAGAGGAAAAAAAUAGCAAGAACACUGCAACUCUUAAUAUGACUGAUAAUUCUACAACUGCUACUAUACAACAUCAUUUUUUUCAUAUCUCUUUAUUCCUUCUAUCUUUUAUGAGGGAAAGAGCCAAACUCUGUGGAGCAAAACAGACAUAAAAGAUGUUGUUUUUGGAGGAACUACAUUUGCUUCAGUGGCAUUUUUUGCACUUUUUAAAGGAUUGAUUUGUCAUUUUGGAGGAGUGUUUAUGUUUGAAAAAGGGAAAGAAUGCUGAAUUGGACAGACAAAGUCCUACUCUUCAGUGGCUCAUUGAAAGAAGAUAGAAAGAUGGUGACAAAUAUGGAGUCGACACAGAAACAUGGCCGGGCCUGUUACAAGUGUAUUACAUAGUUUUGAAAAAAUAGAUGAAAUUAUACGUUUAAUGGGUAAAAUUGUUACCAAAAAUGGUGAAUAAUUAAUUGAUUGAUUUUUGUACAAUUAAGCUUUAAUUCACAGCCAGACAAAUUAAUCACAAACAUCUUCCAGUCUGUCCAUUAUGGUCACCCGUCCUCUCCUAGCUACAAGGGGAAUGGGCAGCUAAUGAAUGUAAGAGGGAAAUUUGCAGGUGUGAUGUGUCAAAUUCAAAUUUUAUUUUGCUAACAUUGCAUAUGUGCAUAAAAUCAUGAACUACUUUCAAACUGAUGAUAUCAUCCAUUGAUUUAUUCCACAUUACUGUAUCUCCAAUGAAUUAUAUGGUCAAAAUCAACAUCACCUCUAAAGCUUAAUUCCAUUUGUUAGCCUGUGCUAAGCCCAAUGUUAUCGAGUAAAGAAAAGUACAGUGUGGUGGAUUGCUCUAGGCAGAUCUUGUCUUACUUGAAACUAAGCCACUGUCUUUUUGUUCAUAUUGUUUCAAACUCCAAAUUAUGUACUGGAGACACCAAAAGACACCAUUACCUCUGCCCAUAAUUUACAAUUGGCAAGUUAGUUAUAGGCUUCUUUGUUCCUUUACCGAAUACUUUCAGGCUUGUAAUGGUCAUCGGUGAAGCUUUUGUUUGGCUAAAAAAUAACUUCAGAGGUCUUUUCAAGCCUUUAAAAUGACAAUUACAUGCAUUGCCUUGAUAUCUUUCACAUACUUUGAAGAAAUCCCAUGGCCGGAGUAAGACAAAUCCAUAUUUUUGACAACUGUGCGGUUCCUGUACAUAAUGUGGUUUGCUGGUACAUGAGUGGGAUUGUAUCUUAGAAAUAUAUUAUUUUACUCAUCAAAAGGGAUCAAAACAGAUUAGCAUCAAAAUCUGAAUAUUUGUAUAGUUUUCUUUGAAUGCCUAAGAAGUAUGGUUGUAUUGUUUGUACAUAGUGUAAAUACCUGGGAUAAAGACAAGCUGCUGUAUGUGCAUGACAGGAUGAACAAAAAUACAAAAAAGAAGCAUUAGUGGCUAUUCAAGCCAUUCAAGUACACUAUAAGAGUAUUUUAUUUUCCUUUGACUGUUCUUGAGAAGAACAUUUUGCUGAAGCAUGACUUUCCUGCGAUUAUGAAAAAUACUGUAUUUACGAGGUAAAUUAUCAUUAGGCAAAAAGGUUAUGUUUACAUUUGUUUGUUUGUUUGUUUUCGGGGCUACCAAGAAUCGUUUUGCCAAUGAUGCCAAGUAAAGUGAAUGCUACUGCUUAACACAGGACGCUUUCUGAACUGAUAAUCAUGUGGAACAAUGUGAUCAAAUUCACCUCCAUUCAAUGGCAUAACCAGUCAACACAGAAAGGGUCUCAGGUCAUGGUGUAUUUCAAAAAGGAUUUUUAAGUUUCUCACAUAUCCCAUUUAGUUUUUGUAUUUAUUUAUUUAUUUAUUUAUUUAUUUUAUAUUUUUUUUUUUUAAUUAUUGUCAGUACUUUUGUAAUGUCAAUGAGAUUAGAUUUAGUUUUUUGGUAUGUAUGGGUUCUUCAGAAAUAGUGGCACUAACUCCAGCUUUAAGUGCAAAGGUUUGAUUUAUUUAUUUAUUUUUCAACAAGAUGUGCACAAAACCUUUUAAGCUGACAGUUAAGACCUAGAGUAAACAGUUUAUCUUUCUCACAUACAGUAAGCUAAAACAAAGAUGCUGAAGCUACACUUCUACACUAAAUGAACAACAAGAGAAGAGAUUUCCUGUUAUGCAUGUAAACUGGAUUCUUUUGGUUAUAAAUACGUUGCCAUCGAGUGGCCGAUGACCUCCAAGAUCAAUACAUUUUGCCAGUGUUGCGGUGGCUUUUGAAAAUGAUUACAUAUUCGCAAAGAAAUUAGUAAAUAUAUGAAUAUGUGUGUUAUGAGACCUGAAAAGUUCCAGUUCAAUUUCCCCUCAUGUUCAAUUGUUAAAAUGCGUUGGAAGUGCCUGAUCAUGUUCUAAUUCCAGCGAGCAGUGUGUCUGCAUGUACGGUUUAUAAGGGAAUAACUGGCAUUAGCAAGAAGUCAAUUACGUCCAUUUUGCUUCAUGCUGAAAUUCCAUUAUUUAACUUGUUUUCCUUGGGGUUUUUUGUCCAUACCUGCUCAAGUAAACCUGUUUCAUUUUAAUGCACCAAGAAUUGAUGGGUUUGUCAUAGCUCAUGUCCUCUAUCGGAACUGCCAGAUGAACCCACAAGGACUGCAGAUUUUAGUCCUGUGUUUCUUGCCUUGCAUUCAUCAUUCCGGUAGCAGUUUUAAGUUGUCAGCUGAUGCACUGUGGCGGCAACUUGAGUCUUAUUAUGCUUGCAUGGGUAACAUAGAUAACCAGGUGGCUAAACCACCCAAAGCAUGCUUAUUUUUGUAGAUUUGGUAGUCAGGUAGACUUGUUGAAGAAAUGCGUUCUGUAAAGCAGAUGGUUUCAUGGUUUGCAGAACUUCUUAAGAAUGAGGGCUUCUAAAUGGACAGCAGACACAACUUGCAGUACAAAAUCAUCAGUACUCGUACUUACAGGGCCGUCAUGAAUCAUUUUUUUAAUUUUUUUUUUAUUCGUAAUAGGGAUUGAAUUCAGUUUCACUCCACUUUACUCCAUUGACAUUUUAUUUCUACAACAUCAUAACCACAAACAAAAAAAACAGGUCAAAACGUGUACCUCAAACACACCACAGAACUGUUUCCAUAUCCACGUUAAAGUGUCCAUGGCACUAGUACAGUUGAAACCUCGGGUGUGAAUCUCGCCGCUCACUGUCGAGUUCACUUUUGUAACUUAACUCAGGUGCCAAACCGGAGAAAGGGAAGUGGAGCAGGUAACUUGAGAAUUAGCUGCUACUUAUUGGGAAAUGAGCCAGUCCAUCCUGAUCAAAUGACUGUGAUUCUGAAUAUGUCAUGCUUUUUUUUUUUUUUUUAAAUCAACUAUGUGAGCUGAGUUGACAUACAGAAGAAACUUCCAUUGCCCCUGAAACAGAGUGGCAUUGGUGUUGUAAGAGUGCUCAAGUCCAUUAAAAUGGAAUAGGUCCGUAUAAAUGUGUCACAUUCUGUAUUAACUGUAUAAACACACUGCCGUGGAUAUACUGUAUCACAAUAAUGAAAUGAAGUGCUGCUCACAUCUAACCAUUAUGAUAGCCAUAGAUAUGCGUUUUAAUAAGAAGAAUAGAUGUAGUUUAUAAUUACCAGACAAUAACCUCAUUUGGUUGCAUACGGGUUCAUUUUGAGAGUUCUACUUUAAUUGUAUCACAGAUACCUCUUCAUUUUUGUUUUUCUAUCACAUCACCAACUUCCUAGAGAGACUGGCUUUGCUCCUUUUCUUUUUACUGCUUACCAUUUUUUAGAAAGGUAGACACAGGGAAAACAGGGCCCACCAAGUUUUACCACUAGUGGACACUGAGCAAUAAGCAAUUCCUGAAGUGGAGAACUGUAGACUUAAUGAGGACAGUGACCUGUUGGAUAUUCGUAGCUGAUUUACUCUCAUGCAAAUGGCAGUAUUGUGAGAUUAGAAUGCAGUAGUUUAAGGACAGUGCUUAUAUAACACCCUUCAUGGAACUGCACGUUUUCAUCCCUCUCAAACACAGAAAAUAGUGGUCCUGCUUUUAUUACAAGCUACACUUAGGGCUCUACACUUUGCAUGUUAAACUAGUGUUAGAUCUACUUUCAUCUCCUCUCUUGCUGUCUUUCUCUCUGUCUUUUCCAGUUAUGUAGCCCUCUCCCUUCCAAGUACCCCUACUGAGUUCUGCCCCUUUUCCUUUUCUUUUUUAAAUGUCUGUUUUUCUUCCCUCCCCUGGUUUAAACAAUUUAUUUUUGUAAAUGUGCAUGUUAAAGAGACACUGAAUCGGUGGAUAUGUUAAAAAAAGAGAAUUCAGCUGCUGAAGCCAUGCAAAAUGUUUUGAAUUGCCCUUAAAAUAUGAAAGAUGUUUUCUGAAUGCUUUAUAUUCUCUCUGCUGUAAAAAUAAUAAA